GGUGCUAAGGAAAGAGGGCAGCGGUGGAAAGGCGAACAGAUGACAGCUGUCAGCGUUGACAAAAACACUUCCAAAUUCUCACUAGAGGACUAAUGUCGGACCCCUAAAUCACCGAGGCGUGCUGUGUCGGAGGUUAUUUAUAGACUUUGAGAAGGUUUUUACCAAUAAUCCAAUUCACGCCAUAGCCUUGCCCAAUACUGGAGGAGCUGCUACAGUUGGUGGGACAACAUGGGCACACAAGGCUCUGGUAGGAAGCGUGCCCCGCUAAAAGAUCGCUUCUCUGCAGAGGAUGAGGCCCUGAGCAGUAUUGCACGAGAGGCGGAGGCCAGGCUUGCAGCAAAGAGAGCAGCACGGGCAGAGGCCAGGGAUAUUCGUAUGAAGGAACUUGAACGUCAGCAGAAAGAGGGCCUGGAUGAUGAUGUCCUGUCUGUCCACAGCUACAGAUCAACCUCAUCAGCUAUCCGUGACUUGGGCUGUAAUGGGACUCGAUCCAGUUCCCGUAGAAAAGACAUCUUGCGUGAUGGUGUGACAAAUAGCUCCACUCUCAAGAGCUCGCGUUCCACUAGUUCUGUAUACAAUGAUCUACAUGGCCAUAAAAAGUCAUCUCGCGCCUCCAAGAAAGAUUUGCUGACUGGACUAUACCACGAUCAAAGGAAAUAUACCAGCCUAACGAAGACCAAUCUUCUGCCUCCUUCUGCCACAUCCUCUUAUCAGCCACGGGCUACCACUUCCUCCUCCUCUUCCACCACUGGCAAUGGGCUGUCACGUAGCUACAGCAUGGCCUCUAUUUAUGACGGCACUGCUCUUUACGGCUCAACCCAGGGUUCAAGAGCUCCCUCUGAAUAUAGCUGGUACUCCUCUCAAGCCAGUUCUACUCGCAGCAGCCCUGUGUCUUCUUCAGAUGAUGAUACUGUGAGCAGCGUGUCCAAAGAACGCUCCAGCAGAGGCCGCAGGGACAGUGCGUCGUCUGACUUCUCUGACAUUAGUGAGUCUGCAGCUGAUUAUUUCAGCCGCUCCAACAGACGGGGCAGUAUUGUGUCUGAUCUGGAUGAUUUGAGCAUUCCAGAUCUGGAUGCUCUGGACGAAAAAUGUGACAAACAGUAUUCAGAUUACAGUCGGCCAUCUUCCCGCUGUGCCACUCCAGGCCUAUCAGCAGCAACAUUGGCAUCGCUGGGUGGAACUUCAUCGCGACGGGGCAGCGCAGAUGCCGGCAGUGUCUAUGACCCAGACACUAGUCUGAGCGAACUUAGGGAUAUCUAUGAACUAAAGGACCAGAUUCAGGAUGUAGAAGGGCGAUACAUGCAAGGGCUUAAAGAGCUGAAGGAAUCCCUUACCGAGGUGGAAGAGAAGUAUAAGAAAGCAAUGGUAUCGAAUGCACAGCUAGAUAACGACAAAGGCAACCUCAUCUACCAGGUGGACACAUUAAAAGACGUCAUAGAGGAAAUGGAGGAGCAAAUGUCAGAGAUGAAACGGGAACUGGAAGAAAAAUCAAAGGAACUAGAAAGGCAAAAGCACACAUGUACUGUCCUGCAGCAUAAACAAGAAGAACUGAAAGAGGGAAUCCGUCAGAGAGAUGAACUUAUUGAGGAGAACCAGCGAUUGCAGAUUAAGUUAGAUGCUCUCGCCAGAGAGAUGUUUGACCUGCAGGAAACGAUAAACUGGAAGGACAAAAAGAUUGGGGCCCUAGAGAGGCAGAAAGAGUACUUUGAUUGCAUUAGGAAUGAGAGAGAUGAGCUCAGACAUGAGCUUGCUGACCUCAAGGGGAAGGCCAAAUCAGGAGAGACACAUGGGCUCGUCAUCAUCCCAGAUGGUGCAACAAACGGCGAUAUCAACCACGAGCCCGUGUCUUCGGGGAUCACUGUGGUCUCGCAAGAAGCCGCCCAGGUACUAGAAUCUGCAGGAGAGGGUCCGCUUGAUGUCAGGCUACUGAAGUUAGCUGAUGAGAAGGAGGAGCUGUUGACUCAGAUCAGGAAGUUGAAGAAUCAGUUGGAGGAGGAGCGACAGAGGCACUCAAAGGUGGACAGUGUGUUCACAGAUGGCGAAAAGAUGGAGAACGGUACCGACCUACACGUCAUUGAGAUGCAGAGAGAUGCCAACAGACAGAUUAGUGAAUACAAAUUCAAGCUUUCAAAGACAGAACAAGAAAUGGGUACAAUGGAACAAAAUAUAAACAGACUUGAAGGACAAGUCUCGAGGUACAAGACUUCCGCAGACAACGCUGAGAAAAUAGAAGAUGAGCUUAAAGCAGAGAAGCGCAAACUCCAGAGAGAGCUACGCACAGCACUGGACAAGAUGGAAGAGAUGGAGAUGACAAACAACCACCUCGUAAAGCGGCUGGAAAAGAUGAAGGCCAACAGGAACGCUCUCCUCUCCCAGCAGUGAGGCAAAGUCUGCAUCACCAGAGAAGCCCUUAAAGUCGCACCGCCGACUCCCAUCCAGCGCCCAGAGCACGUGUGCUCUCCAAGCUCUAACACUUCAACACGUGUAGCUCACCAAAAAAAAAAAAACUCAACUCCACGCUGGACAAAAUAACGAGCAGAGCUGCAUUUCUUUGCAAACCAAAGGUUUUGGUUUGUCCGGGCCGGCAUUUACCAGGACUCAAAUGUAAUAGAAUAUAACAUUAAUGGGAGAUAAAUGUGAGGAAAUUUCCAUUUUCAUCUUUGUUCUACAUUUUAUUCACAUGAUUUAAGUUCAUACUGGCUGGGUGCUUGGCUGUUCUUUUUUUUUUUUUUUUUUUUUUUGUAUUGACUAAGUUGCCUGAAUGAGUAUCAUGAUGCUUUUAAAGUACUGUCACAGCUGCUCUGGCCCUGCACCUUCCAGCUUCCCUCACACAAGUCAAGUGCCUUCUCCAUCAAACAAUAAUGCUUUUAACUGGUGGUACAAUAUGUAUUUAAAGAGGUGCAGAUGGAAAAUAUAGCCAGCCAACUGCUGCAGUUUCCUUCACUUUUUUGUCAAAUAUUUAAAAGAUUUCUUGAAAAUAAAUUGAAUUGUGUAAA